CUAUCAGAAUGUCAGAGCCUGUAACACUUUCCCAUUUUGCUUGCAGGGAUAAGCCUCUGUCUUAAACAUGUCAAAACAGCCAGCGUCACAUGUCAAAGCCAUUCAGGCUAAUAUUAACAUCCCAAUGGGAGCUUUUCGACCUGGUGCAGGCCACCCUCAUAAAAGAAAAGAACUUACACCUGAAGAAGUGGAGGAGAACGUUCCUGCUUCAACAGAGGAGGAGAAAAACAAGAAACAUCUCCCAGGAGCUAAGAAACUUCCAGGUCCUGCUGUCAACUUGUCAGAGAUUCAGAACAUAAAAAGUGAAUUGAAGUUUGUCCCCAAAGCUGAGCAGUAGCUGGAACAAGCAGGU